CAGAUCAGAAAGAAAUGUUGAGAUUAAAUAAAGUUCUCUUUUGACUUGAAUAUUUAUCAUGGGCAUCCAGAAUUCUAAAAUCGAUUGCACCCCUCUUUCUUCUUUUCCAAGGAAGAAGAGCAUGGAUACUAAGCAAGAAGCCAAACACUUUAAAGAUAUUAGAGAGAGCCAUACUGACAAGAACUUGAACAAAUUAAAGGAAGACAAAGAAGAGGGGGCAGCAGAAGAUCUAUCUACAGAAGACUUAGAAGAAGAGGUAUUCUUUAAGUUUGUGAUUCUACAUGCUGAAGAUGACACCCAUGAAGCCCUCAGGGUCCAACAGAUGCUACAAAAUCAAUUUGGCAUUAAACCCGGAAUAAUCUUUGCUGAAAUGCCAUGUGGCAGACAGUAUCUACAGAAUUUAGAUGACGCUGUAAAUGGGUCUGCAUGGAGCAUUUUUUUAUUGACUGAAAAUUUUUUAAGGGAUACUUGGUGCAAUUUCCAGUUCAAUACAUCCUUGAUGAACUCCAUUAAUAGACAACAUAAAUACAAUUCUGUCAUACCAAUGAGGCCACUGAAUAAUCCUCUCCCCAGGGAUAGGACACCAUUUGCCUUACAGACUAUCAAUGCUCUGGAAGAAAAAAGUUGUGGAUUUUAUAAACAAGUAGAAAACAUUUUCCAGGAUUCUGUGUAUGAGAAACAAAAAGCCAUAUGGAAAGAUUCAAAAAAUAUGGUAGAUGCUUAAAAAAAGGAAGAAGAGUAGAACAUUUUAGUGAAUGAAACAAAACAAAAUUACAUGAUUGGAGGCAGAGAAGAUAAAAUGAUCUUGUUGUUUUAUAACAACUUCCAGGGAAGUUAAAAUAAAAUUUCUGAGAAAUUAGAAAGAAUAAUACUUUUUCUGGGAAAAGUCAUUGGCACUGAAAACCUUUGAAAUUGUCAUGCUUCUCUAAACAAGCGCUAACCAUUUUGAUUAUUCUGUUCCUGGAAAGGUUAUUUUUCCCCACAAUUUGAGUAUGUGACAAAAGAUGUGCUUUUAAUUCAUUUUUGGCAUUUCCUUGAUUAAUCCUUUUCUUUGAAGGGUAUUUUCCUUUGAUUCAAUGUAGUAUAAUAGAAAGUUUGCCAGGUUUACAGUCAGAAAACCUUAUUUCAAAUUCCAGACUGACAUUUAAUGUUUGAUAAUUUCUCUGCCUUAAUUUCCUCAUUUGUAAAAUGAGGGAGUUGAAUUGGUUGGCUUCCAAGGUUUUUUCCAGCUCUUUAUCUCUGAUCCUAUGGAUAUUAUAUAAUUUCUUAAAAUUGUAUUCUAUGUUUUUAAAAAAAAAAAUAAAAUACG